AUGGGCCGCACCUAUUGCACUCAGAACCCUAAAUUCUCCCCCAGCAACACCGUCAACCUGCACAGCUACCGCCGCAGCCUGCCCUUCCAGUGUGAUGAUGCUGGCUAUAUCACUACUUAUAAUAAGCUCCUCACCACAACCCAUAAGAAUGUUGAGCAUUAUAAUUCCUUGGGCAUGCUGUACACAAAUGCCACAUCCGCACUGCAGGGCAACUGGUUCUACAUUGAGCAGGGCGACAAUGGAUUCCAGUUCAAGGAGACUGAGAUGGGCAAGUAUCUAGUGCUGAAGAGGGAUUGGAUGGGACUUGAUGAUGAGGGAACAGACCUCUGGUUUAAGGAGUGGCUGGUUAAGGAAGGAAGGUAUAUCAUCACGCUGAGAGGAGAUAACAUCUACCCGUUAGAUAGACUGGGAUAUCAUCUGUGGUUUGAGGGGGCACCGGACGCGGUGUUUCAGAAUGAUGAGGAUGAUCUGAAUGUCAAGGGGGAGGGACAGCAUGCAUUGUUUUGGAUUGAUACGGUAUUGGGGUUGUAG